GCGCCUACCAAACGAUACCAACCAAGAGAGACUGCAACUGCGAUCUAUACGUUGGAAGUUGAAGGGGUAAAAAUGCUGCCUACUUCGUCUUCCUUCGUACAAACAAACAGCUCCAAAUUAGGGCUUAUACGUAGUCAUGGGCAACACAUCGUCCAUGCUGACUCAGUACGACAUUGAAGAAGUCGAAGAGCACUGCAACCAUGCCUUUUCGCAGCAGGAGAUUGUUUCGCUGUACCAGAGAUUCUGUCAGCUCGAUCGCAGUGGCGGAGGUUUCAUCUCCGCCGAUGAAUUCUUGUCCGUACCUGAAUUCGCCGUCAAUCCCCUCUCUCAGAGAUUGCUGAGGAUGUUGGACGGAUUGAAUUUUAAAGAAUUUGUAGCAUUCUUGUCAGCAUUCAGUUCUCGAGCAAGCUUGCAGCAGAAAAUUGAAUUUAUUUUCAAGGUAUAUGAUACAGACUGCAAUGGGAAAGUUACAGCCGGUGACCUGCUGAACAUUUUGCGCGAUUUGACAGGACAAUUCAUAUCCGAGCAACAGAGGGAGCAAGUAUUGACUCGUGUCCUUGAGGAAUCAGGCUAUGCAAAGGAUGCCUCAUUAACCAUAUCUGACUUCAUGAAGAUACUUGGAAACUCUGAUAUGAAGAUGGAGGUUGAGGUUCCAGUGGAUUAAAAUGAAGCAAACAAAUGUCUGAGCUGCAAUUCUUAUGAACAUCGAGUGCACAACUGGAUCAUAUAUUUUCGUGUUUAAACAUUGCAGAGUUCUGCUUAUUCAUUGUAAAUCAACGUCAUAAUCACCAGAUGUAACUUGUAACUAAUAAAUUAUGAGACUCAAGAAUAAAGUUUACUGUGCUAGAUGAAAAAGAAACCAUUAGCGGAAGGAUCCGCUUGCCUAGUCAUGUGUGUUUGAGGACAACUAUUGAGGUUUCAUUUGGUUGUUGAUAGCAUCUAUCACAAACCUUGAUUUCGUAUAUCAUUGAACGAAACUCGUAUAAAAUGGUGUUGAGAUUGGAUGUUUUCUUUAGAA